AUGCAAGCUAUACGGACACUUUCACGGCUAUUUCAUCACGCUAGUAUCCUACACACGUCACGGCCUGUACCAACGAGCAAUUUUGUUGGAAUACGUGUCGCAUCAUAUCCAUACGAGCUAUAUGUGCAUCCAACACUGAAAUCAGCUAAAGGACCUGCCUUGUCCUUUCUCAAUACUCCUGUGCACGGACGCGGACUGAAUGAAAUGGCUGUCAUCGGAUGGGUGCUAGAUGAAAAUCACGAGAAGCUGUCACCAUCGAAUGUUGAAAUCAAUCCCAUAUUUGAAGAAUUACUACACGAUGUGCUUAAAGAUCAUGUGCACGAGUCAAUAGCUGUGGUAUAUGGAGCAGCCAAACAAGUAGAAGGGUACUUGAACGUGAAUGAUUCCAGGGUAUUUGUCACUUAUGGCCGUGUCGCUGAUCCAGAGGACUUGCUGGGAGUAGUACGAUUAGAAGGUGGCAAACCGAUACCCAAUUCCUAUGAGAGAUCUCCGACUCAUCGUAUGGUAUCCUCGAAUGGCCUGCUACAGCUGGAAGAAGACAUGCAUGCUUUUCUCUUGCAGAGACUGAAAAAAGUUGGGAUAUCAUGA